CUGAUGCUACUGCCGUGCACUCAUCGGCAUUUCUCUGUGAUUCGCAGAACGGAGAAGCCGCAAACUCAUCUUGACACCAUUGCCUACAUGAGUUAAACCUCCAUUUCCAGUGCCAGCUUUUUAACAGCUGCUUCACGGAGAAAACACAGGAGCUUCUGUCGGAUCGACAAGAUGACUGAUGUUCUUUUUCAAGGAGUGCUCACUGUACCUGAAAAACCAUCGGCUGUAAGAAGAGUGGGGAAGAUUUGACCAGACCUCCUGUGGAUGAGAAGGCGUGGACUAAUUCGGGAUUUUCCAAUCUUAUUAUAUGGAAUUGGUGAUUAAGGGCUUACUAAAGUACUGUGGGCAGAGUAGCAUGUUUUUGAUUACACAUUGAGGGUGUGUGUGUGUAUCACUACGGCAUGCGGGAUGGGCCAAACGCGCUCUGAUCUCUCGCACAGCACCGCCACCACAGGCGGGGCGAAGUGGAAAUCAAGCGACACGCCUCAUCGACUCAGUAGCUCCAGAUUCAGGAGCAAAAGGAAGCCGCGGAGCGAGCAGCUGAGCAGGAAUCCAAUGAGAAACAAAGUGCUGUCCUGUCUGGGAAGGAGGAAGCGACACCCCAGUCAGACCGAGGAGGAUUCGGGCCCCGGAACGGAGGCCGCCGAUCCAGCGGCGCGCCGCGGACACAAAGCAGGGAAGUUGCCCCGAGACGAGGCUGCAUCGGCGAGUGGGGAGUAUCGAGCAGCCACGGGUUGUUUCGAGGCAUCGUCCGGCCUCGGUGGCCAUGUCGGAGCGGUCCAGCUCGCCGUGAGCCGAGAGGCUACUUCAGCUGAUGCGCCAGGCUUGGAAACGCGGAGCGGUGAAACGAGCCCCGGCGUGCGAGAAGACCAUGCCUCGGAUCCCCCAGCCGGGGACAUGGAGCAUCAGCCAGUGGGGGGAAGCUACAAGAACCGCUUUGUGUCUGGAUUCGGGGCUGAUCUGAGUUUGAACCCCCUCCUCACCUCUGACCCGGACGCUGAACGGACUUCGACCUGCUCGCCCCCGGAUCAGCAUUUGCGCGGUGGGCUCUCGAUACUGGACGAUGGCAUGAAAGGAGACAUGACUCAAACCGAAUCCUGCGCCGGGGAUCAGAACAAUGGCUGCCUGGACGGACCCGAGAGCGUAAAACACCCGGAGCAGACGAGCCAGAGCCUCCCGAGGCAAAGUUUUCCUGGAACGAUACCGAAACUGAUCAUAACCAGAGACACCAGCCCCAUCCGCUGCCAGGGCACCACGGCCCUGCCGACCGACCAGCCCUCCUGUUUUGAUCUCCAGGCGGAAGACGAGUCCCCCUGCUCGGACAGCGGCUGCGGCGGCUCUCCUGCCCUGAUGCGGAACCCCAGGAAGCUGUCCACCUCCUCCUCCAUAGGCCUGUCCUCAGCCUCCUCCUUUGAGGAGUCCGAGGACGACUUCACCGGCAGCGACAUCGAGUCCAGCCUGUCCCCGACCCGGUCUCCGUGCAGCGCAGGGGACGGCUCAGGGAGUAAAUCCUGGAGCAAGUUGAAGAGCAUGGUUCACUUUUCCCCUUUAGCCUUUACGCUAAAGCCCCGUCACUCGUGGGUGCAGCUAGCUGGCCACACAGGCAGCUUCACGGCCGGAGACGGCGGCCGUCUGCUGAAGCGCUACUGCGAGUGUGAGCAGCGGUGUCUGGAGAAGCUCAUGAAGGACGUUCUGCGUCCCUACGUCCCCGGGUAUUAUGGUGUGCUACACAAGGACGAGCAGGACUUCAACAUCAUGGACGACCUGCUGACUGACUUCGACAUGCCUUCCAUCAUGGACUGUAAGAUGGGCAGCAGGACCUGCUUGGAGGAGGAGCUGAUAAAAGCGAAGGAGUGCCAACGUCUGCGAAGAGACAUGUACGAGAAGAUGAUCUCCGUGGACCCGGCGGCCCCCACCGAGGAGGAGCGCGCUCAGCAGGGCGUCCUGAAGCCUCGCUACAUGAGGUGGAGGGAGACGCUGAGCUCCACCGCCACGCUCGGCUUCCGCAUCGAGGGCAUUAAGAAAGGUGACGGAUCGUGCAACACCGGCUUCAAGAAGACGAAGCACAGAGAGCAGGUGGUGAAGGCCUUCGAGGACUUUGUUGACGGCGACGUUCAGAUCCUGAAAAGUUACCUGAAGCGUCUGGAAGAGCUGCGCUCCGUUCUUGAGAAGUCGGACUUCUUCAGGACCCAUGAGGUCGUGGGCAGCUCUCUUCUGUUCGUGCACGACGCAUCCGGAAAGGCCAGCGUCUGGAUGAUCGACUUCGGCAAGACGGUUCCCCUGCCGCCCCCCAUGACGUUGGACCACAGGACGCCCUGGGUGGAGGGCAACAGGGAGGACGGCUACCUGUGGGGGAUGGACAACCUCAUCAACAUCUUCGGCAGCAUGCUGCCUCGGACGCCUUGCGAUGGAGAUCAAAACUCGGAGGAGGCGUGACGCGACUGGGCGCCGUUGAAAUCUUUGUACGCCAUCAUCAAAGUGUCUUAAUCCACUCGGGUUAAGAGGAAACGUCAGGAGGACAAAGUGAUACAUGCCUAAAAGACUGUUGAUAUGCAUUAUUAAGAGCUUCUGAGCAGAAGGUUGUGAAACGUACAAGACUAAAUAUCUAAAUAUUCUCACGUUGACUUAUUAUCUGAGAAUUCAAUGCUACAAACUAAUUAAAACUUUCACCCAACCCACUCCCCAAGACACACUAGUGCCCUCCUCAGCAGCCCCCUCUGCUGGAUGUUGUUGCACACAGCAAAUUGUCUUGCAUCCAUGAACUUGACUCUGCAGAAUCUGUGUUGGCAAGAUCUUUGUUUUUUUUUUAUUGAUGGACCACUUUUUAUGUUUAAGCACACAGCAACACUAAAACACUGGUGAGACCAAGUGUUAACUAACUCAGUAUGUAAAUAGCUUAAUUUAAUCUUUUUGUUUUUGGGCCUUGGGAUAACCUUCUUAAUAUUUGUAAAGUUCCUAUGCCUAACAACUUUUUUUAUAAUUGAUCAUUCCAGUGCAAAGGACUCCCUCCACAGAGUUCACCCAAGUAUAAACUGACUUGUAUCUAAUCUUAAAAGUUUUGCCUUUUUUAGAAACGGUUUUAUCCAGUAGUAUUUGUAUGACACAAUGCAGUGACUUACUUUUUUUUUUUCUUUUAUUCUUAAUGUACGGUAAGCAGCUUGGCCAAGCUGCUCCUCUUUGGAAAUUGUUGCACUGUGGAUCCUCAAAAAGCCAUUGAAACAAAACAAGCAGUGCCUCUGUGUGAGUGUGUGUGUGUGUGUGUGUGCGUGCGUGUGUGCUUGGUUUACAGCUGAACAUGAAUUAGAUUUCCUCUAAUCAGCUUUGCUUUGGGGAUUUUACAACAAACUGGUGGUAUAAAGGGUGAAAUUUAACUAGAGGUAAGAUGAAUGUGUUAGAGCUUUUAAGAGGCUUCGUUAGAACAACAGACUGGAAAAUCUUUGUCUAAGUUUAAAUAAUUAUUGAGAUGACAUGACCUUUGACGAGGAUGUUUUGGUACACUAAACUGGAUGGUGUAGCGUCUGAUGCUAGUAUUCAGCAUGUUUACGUAGAAACAAUGCUGUAAUAUACCAUAGCAGUGCUAAUAAUAAUAAUAAUGUUUUGGAAAUCGAUCGGUGUCCGGCCGCUCUUCUAGAGGGUCUGCAUGCAAUUCUUUAACUUGGUACAAAAAUUUACUUUGGCACUGCAUAAAUCUGACGUAAUGAAAAUAAAAUAAACACUUUCAUCUCUAAAUAGUAAUCACACCAGGUGGAAAUGUAGUAUUAAUGUUUACAAAGUAUUACUAGCCCACAAAUUCUCUGUGAGGUGGGGAAAUAAUCAGGUUCUCAAACUGGGUGCUACUUUCCAAGAAAGAAAACUGGAUAUAAACCAUGUUUUUUUUGUUUUUGUUUUUUAUGUUUGUUUUCUUAAAGGUCUUAAACAAAGACUAAUGAAAUUGUUAAUCCCUGCUUUGUCCACAUUACGGAUUGCAAUAAACUGAAAAUAAGA